AUGAGCUCAAAAUCAAAAUCCAACUUUUAUUUAAGUUCACAAAAACCAUCUCAAAGGAAGCAAGUCAUUGUAGAAUCAAGCGACGAUGAAAUUACAAUUGAUAUUUCCGAAAAUCCAAUUUCCAGUACACAACAUUUCGAAAGUGCAACGUCCAAACAAAAAGAACAAGCAAAUUCUCCAAAAAAGGCAAGUACACAGACGGCCCAAUGGCAAAAAUCAAUGAUAGCUGCAUUUUCAAGUAGAAUCAAUCUUACAACUCCUCCAGUUCCUAAUACGACUGAAAUAAAAACAUGCGUUCACCCUGAUUUCGUAGAUUUUUUCCAAAAAUUAGACGUUUUCGAUCCAACAAUUAUUCCUCCUUGGAUUGGUGAACAAAAUCUUAGCUAUGAUGAUUCUUUACAUAGAAAAAUAGGUCCAACGUUUGAUGAGUUAAUAUUUGCUGAAUAA